AUGAUGAGACAUUUUUCUCAAGUAGCCUCUAAACUCAGAUAUGGGUCAAUAAAAUUUGACUUUAAGAACCUCAAAGAAAUUCUUCCGUAUCACAUCCAAAAUAUCAAAAAUCGUUCUGCAAAUGCCAAUGCUCAGAGGACUGUUGACUUAUGGGAACUAUACAAAACUCAAUUGCAUGAUCUUGAAAUGCUUACUUCCCUUAUAAAUCGGGAAAAAAUCCUGUUUUAAUUUUAGGGUUUUUUAAAAAAUUUUUAAAAAUAAUUGAAUGCAAUAUUUUAAAAUUUUAAUUUGUUUUAUCAAGAAUUAAAUCAAAAAAUUAAUUGAUUCAGCGUGAAAACUGUUUAUAUAGCAUUCUACUUGCGCUUUUUCCAAUUAAUUAGGCCGAAACUAAUUUGUAACAAUUUCGUAUUUUAACCAAUGAAAUUUUCCUAUUAGAACAAACUGCUCCAAUUUAAAAGAGGUCAAAGUAUCCAAAACCUAAAUUUAGCCUAUGUUUUGUUCUAAUUUAAUGGGGAGGGAAUUAGAAAAAAGCGAAAUUUGCACUCAGAAAAGUAAAUUUAACACAGGAAACCUUUAUCAGAAGAUGAAAAAGCAGAACACAAAAAGCUUGCAAGGGUUCAUAAGCAAGAAGUCGCAACCCAAGAAGCCAAUUUACUCCUUAUAUGAAUGCAUGACUUUAAAUAAAAUAAUUUUAGCUAUUUUAAUUUUUUUUUUCAAAUAUCAAUUAAACUUUUAUUGCAAAAAACAUAGAAUUUCUUUUAUUAAUUGAAGAAGUUAGAAAAGCUUGAAAAUGAAUUAAUGGAAGAAGCCCUAAAGAUCCCAAACUUAACCCACCCAGAUGUCCCAAUUGGAGACCAGCCUCACCAGCUUGCUCUUCAUGGCAAAAUCCCCAAGUUUGACUUCAAAAUAAAGGACCAUCUAGAACUAGGCGCUCUCCACAAUUUAUUUGACUUUGACUCAGCAGCCAAAAUCACUAACUCAAAAUUCGUGUAUUUAAAAAACGAAGCUGCACUGAUCGAGCUUGGACUCAUAAACUGGGCAAUGCAAAACGUAGUCAAAAAAGGGUUUACUCCUAUCACAACUCCUGAUAUCUGCAAACAAGAAAUCGCAUCAGGCUGCGGAUUCCAACCAAGAGACCCAUCAGGCCAGAUGUACAAUUUAGCUGAUAAUAAAUUAUGCCUAAUUGGAACAGCUGAAAUUUCAAUCGCUGGGAUGUUUGCUGAGACUGUUAUAAAUGCUGAUAAGCUUCCUAUGAAAUAUGCAGGAUUUAGCCAUUGUUUCAGAAUGGAAGCUGGACGAGGGCAGGUUUCAAAAGGAUUAUAUAGGCUUCAUCAGUUUUCUAAGGUAGAAAUGUUUGCAUUCACAACCCCUGAAGAGUCUGAUAAAACCCACGAAGAAAUGCUAACUCCCCCCCUCCGUGAGUGAACAAAAACAUUUUGUUCACUCACGGAGGGGUUAAUUUUUUUUUUAAUAUAUAAAAAUUAUAAGGAUUCCCCCCCCUCAUUUGUCCAAUCUUCUAGUCUUUUUUUUCUAACUCCCCCCCCCUUAAAUUGGAACUAAAAAUUUUGUUCCACUUUAAAGGGGGGUUUAAGAAAAUUUUUUUAAAAAAAAAAAUCAUUUAAAAUGUUUUUAUAAAAAAAAAAAAUUUAUAUAAAAUUUAAAAAAAUAAAAUUUCAAAAAUUUAUCGAAUUAGAUUAAUAAAUUUGUUUAAUAAAAUGCUAUUUACUCUUUAUCCUUUAAAACAAAGCAAGAUAUAACUAAAAUUUUAUUAUUAAUUAAUACGCCACUAUUAAUUGGUAUCAAAAUUAUUUACACAAAAAUUGUUAUUUUUAUUGAUAAAAAAAAUUAAAAAAAAAAAAUUUUAGAAAAUUUAUUAAUCAAAGUGCUAAUUUUGUGUUUAAAUAAGAUGUUAUUUAUACUCUAUUCUUUAAAUAAAGCAAGAGAUAAGUAAAUUUUGAAUUUUUGUAAAGAAUUCGUAUUGAAUUUAUAUCAAAGCUAUUUAAUCAUUUUUAUCAAAAAAAAUAAAAUUUUUUUUGAAAAUUUUUUAAAAACAAAAAUAAUUAAAUGUUUUUAAAAAUUUACAAUUAAGGAUAAUAAAUUUAUUUAAAUAAAAUGCUCUUUAUACUCUAUUCUAUAAACAAGAGCAGGAUACAACUAAAUUUUUAAUUUUAGUUAAGAAGAAACAUUCAAAUUAUAUCAAAACUUUUUACAUAAAAAAUAUGAUUUAUAUAUAUUUAAAGGGGGGUUAAUUUUACCAAAAAAGUGGAAAUUUUACCUAUAUUUUGUUCCGAUUUAAAGGGGGGGAGUAAGAAAAAAAAAUUUCAGGACCUCGUUUGUCCCAAAAUCUAGUCAAAAAUGAUUUGUCCCAUUUUCUAGUCUUUUUUGGAUUUUUUCGAAUGUCCUAAAUUUUACUUUUUUACUUUAAAAAAAACUAGAAAAUGAGAUAGUUGAGGUCCUGGAAAUUUUUUUUUCUAUCAAAAUUUUGACUAGAAAAUUGGACAAAUGAGGUCCUAAAAAAAUUUUUUUUCCUAUAAAAAAAAAACUAGAAAAAUGGACAAAUGAUAAAAGACUAGAAAAUUGGGCAAAUGAGGGGGGGAUCCUUUUCUAAAUUUUAUAGAAAAUUUUUUUUUUCGAAAUUUAAAAAAAAAUCCUAAUUCGCAAAAAUUGGAAAGCAAAUAUUAAUUUAAUUUAUAAAAUUUAUGUUUUAAAAAGCCAUUUGUUUACAAUUAAACAGAAUUAGCUCUAAAUUUCAUUAUACUAAUUAUCACUUAUAUAUCAAAAUUUUUUCCAUAAAAAAUUUUUCUAUUAAAAAAAUUUUGUUCACACUCACGGAGGGUGGGUUUUUGGCAAAAAAUAGCGAUUUUUCUAAUGAUUUUGUUCACUCACGGAGGGGAGAGUAAGCAUUGAAAUAGAGCUCCUAAAUAGCUUGAAAUUGCCUUUCAGAGUUUUAGAUAUGCCCUCAACUGAUCUUGGCGCCAGUGCAUAUAGGAAGUAUGAUAUAGAAAUCUGGAUGCCUUCACGAGAAGACUGGGGAGAAGUCACUAGUACUUCAAACUGCCGAGAUUAUCAAGCUUUAAGGCUCAAUUCUUUUUACUUACUUCCGCCCUCCGUGAGCGAACAAAGCCGUUGGAAAAAACUAUUUUUUGGGUAAAAACCCACCUUCAGUAACCAAAAAAUUGAUAUAUAAGUGAUUAUUAGUAUAAUGGAAUCUCUCUAAUUUUGAACAAUUUUGCAUUUUAAAACAAAUUAAAUAAAUAUUCACUUUACAAAUUUUGCGAACCUGAAUUUUUUUAAAUUUCAAAAAAUAAAUUUAACUAUAAAAUUUACUCAUAAUUUUUUUAAAAAAAAAAUAAUCUGGAGGGGGAGUUAGAUAAAUCAGGGGAGAAAAAGCACGUGCAUACAGUCAAUGGAACUGCUUGUGCAGUGCCAAGAGUUCUACUAGGGCUGCUUGAGCAUGGCCAAAAGAAAGAUGGGACCAUAGAACUUCCAGAAUGUCUGCAUAAAUAUGUAGGAUUUUCACACAUUUCACCAUUAAAUAAGGCUUAG